AUGUCUGUCGCUAAGAUUGCUGGUGUCGUCCUCGGUUCGGCCGCCCUCGUCGCUGGCCACGGUUACGUGUCGGGUGCCGUGAUUGACGGCGAGUACUAUGGUGGAUACAUCGUUACCUCGUACCCUUACGAGAGUGAUCCCCCGGAGACCAUCGCCUGGUCGACCGAAGCCACUGACCUCGGCUACGUCGAUGGUACUGAGUACGCGGAGGCCGAUAUCAUCUGCCACAAGAGCGCCAAGCCCGGUGCUAUCUCCGCUGAAGUCAAGGCUGGUGGCACGGUUGAGCUGCAGUGGACCACCUGGCCCUCCAGCCACCACGGCCCCGUCCUGACCUACCUUGCCAACUGCAACGGUGACUGCUCCGAUGUCACCAAGACCGACCUCGAGUUCUUCAAGAUCGACGAGAGCGGUCUCAUCAGCGACACCGAGGUCCCCGGUACUUGGGCCACUGACAACUUGAUCUCGAACAACAACAGCUGGACUGUGACCAUCCCCUCCACCCUCGAGGCUGGCAACUACGUCCUGCGUCACGAGAUCAUCGCCCUGCACUCUGCUGAGAACAAGGAUGGUGCCCAGAACUACCCUCAAUGUCUCAACCUGAAGGUCACUGGCAGUGGCAGCUCCACCUACUCGGGUACCGCCGGUGAAAGCCUCUACAAGGACACCGACGCCGGUAUCCUGGUCAACAUCUACGAGAGCCUGAGCUCCUACGAUAUUCCCGGCCCUGCUAUCACCUCGACCACCUCCGUCGCUAGCGCUACCACUGACGCUGCUUCCGUUGUCACUGAUGUUGCUACCACCGUCCAGACUGCUGUCGCCACUGCUUACCAGACUUCGACUGACGUUGUGCAGGUCACUGUCACUGGCAGCUCCCCUCAGCAGACCCACGUCCAGGUCACCACCUCUAGCGCCGCUGCCUCCUCCCCCAGCAGCUCCAGCGUCUCCGUCUCCAGCGACAGCAGCCUUACGAGCUACUUCAGCUCUCUGAGCGCCGACCAGUUCCUCAACGUCCUCAAGGAGACUUUCUCUUGGCUGGUCACCGAGAAGGUGCACGCCCGUGAUAUCUCCGCCUAA